AUGUCCAGCGACAGCGAAGACUCGUCAAGCUCCCUCUCCAGCGAGGACCGCUCCCUCGUCGUCUACAACGAGUUCCUCAAAAUCCAACACUCCCCCCUCCUCCAAGAGUAUUCCAUCUCCCGCAAAAUCGCCCGCAUCCUCCCGCUCCUCCCACCACUCUCCACAUGGGGCGUCAUCGAAAUCGUCUGCUACAAGCUCGGUUCCUUCUGGGAUGUCUCGCCCACGGACCCAUCCUCGCCCACCACCACCUCCACCCUCCGACGGGACCACGACAAGCGCGCCAUGCUCCGGCACGAAAUCGCUUUCGACCUCGUCCACUUUUUGACCUCCCCCCAGCUCAACCUCGGUCACAACCUCAACCACUACGGUCCCCAAAACAACAAUAACAACAACAACGCCACCCCAGAACCAGUAUAUCCAGGCUGGGGCUUCCCCAUCCCCUCCAUGCCUGGCGUCAGCCAAGUGCACCUCGUCUUCCACGACACGCCCAAUUAUUCGGAUGACGAGAAGCGGUACCUAGUCAGCCGGUCGGAUUUCUUUCACGACGAGACCGUCUUUGUUGCUGUCUUUGACAGCGACACUCCCAAUGAGGAAAGGGACAUCGAGGGCAUUGAUAGACACCAGAUGCUCUGGAUCGCGCCGAACCAGAUGAUUCCGAUCAUGCAGGUCAGGAUCGAUGGGACGAAGCAGCCGGCUGCGAUACUGUGGAGGGAUCAGGUUACAGAUGGGUGGCAUGAUGGGGGGUGUCGGUUUGGUGGUGGGGAGGUUGAUGGUCGGGGGCAGGGGGGGCAGGGGGGGCAUGGGGGUCAUGGUGGGGGAGGAAGGAGGGGGUCGAGGGAUGGGCAGGGAGGAGGAGGAGGAGGUGGUGAUGGGUUCAGAAACCACCAGCACCAGCAGCCCCCCAUCCCGGUGCCACCUCACGAGCGGCCUAUGAGCACUGCCUUCCCCGGCUAUAAAAAGUUCUGCUUGGAUUGCCAUGCCGAAGACUCAAAGUACGCUUUGAACUCAUCGGCUUUGUACAUCCGAGCGGAUAUCGUGGACCAGAAUUGGCCUAUUGGGUACUAUAACCAUCACCAUCAUCAUCAGUAG